AUGCUUCAAUGCCCAGAAAACGUUAACCUUCCUGAUCUUCAAAUAUGGAACAACGCCGCUUUUGAUAACAAUUCAUCAUCCAUUAAAGAGGGUUCAUGUUGUUCUCUGCAAAAACCCAACUUAGGUAAUGGAUCAAAAUCUUUGAAAUUAGAUUCUAUCAAAGAAAAUAUCACUCUUUUAUCCUGUAAAUCUCCCGUUCGUAGUAAAUCCCCCUUAUCUGUAAAGCCACUUCAUCCAAAUGGUGCCCUAGAAAACUCAUCUCAACAAAAGAAGCCGCUAAAACUUUUAUUCAAACAAGGGCUUCUUCCGCAACCACCUUCCCCAAGAAUUUCCAAAACAGAGAAUGAUGAGAGUAAAAUCUAUGCAGAGAUUGAAAGCAUUGAAGCCGAAAUUAGUCGAUUGUCAUCCAAAUUAGAAUCGCUUCGGCUUGAAAAGGCAGCGCUGAAACAGAAAUCAAAGAAUUCUGUUGUUUUUCAGAAGGAAUUGCAAAAGACUUCUUCUUUAACGGCUAAUUCAAGAAUCAGGCAACGAGGGUUUAGUCUUGGGCCAUCAGAAAUUUUGGGUAUGAGAUCACAGAAUACAGGUAAACCAGAAAAAACUCCUAUUCAAUCUACACUAAAUCGUCGAAAAUCUUGUUUCUUUAAGCUUCCCGAAAUUACUGAAGAGAAGGGUUUAAAAUUAAAGGGAGGGAAGAGUUAUAGUUUAAGCCCUAAAUCACGAUUAUCCAAGAUACAAUCGUCUAGACAAAGUCUUACAACGAUUGGGUCGAAGAAAUCAGAGAGAAUUGGUAAUGUAAAUGUUUCUAGUAUCCAACCAAAGAAACUUUUCCAAGAAGAAGCAAAAUCAGUUACAGCCAAAAAGCCAAUAAAACCUGGAAGGGUUAUUGCAAGUAGAUAUAAUCAAACUCCAACAACACAGUCUAAAGAAAUUCGCAAGAUGUCGUUACCGGGAAUCAACAAGGACGUCAGUAAGGGGCUUGACAAUAGACGUGCUACUAUGGCAACAAAUGUGUAUGAUGCAGGCUUUGUAAGAAAUCAGAAAACGGUGAACAGGACUAAAACCCCAUUGGCAAUUCGAAAUGAGGCAUUGUGUGACAAGAAUUCAGAGGAUUUCCUGCGACCGUCAACAUUGAAAAUCGAUGAUUUGUUACCAAGGAUCAGGACCCUUCGGUGCAAAAACGAGACCCCUCGGAAUUCUGGACCUGCCAAGAAAGUUAUCGAUUUGGUAGGAAGAAAGUCAUAUUUUGGUGCUGAGGAGAUUAAUGUGGAGAGUUCAAUUUUUCAGGCUCUGAGUUUUGAUGCAGAAGAAGAUGAAUAG